AUGCUAGCUGCAAUCAAAACCAUUGAGACAGGGACAAGGGAGGAGAUUUUGCAGCAUCUAUCGCAGUCCAACUUAAUUGAGCAUGAUCCAGACAAUAAUACUCUCCUACAUUAUGCGUGUCUAGCUGGAAAUUUGAGUGCUGUAAAUGUCCUAAUCGAAGCGGGUUUUUAUGUCAACGCCAAUAAUGUUGAUGGGCACACUCCAAUUUGUGAUGCCGCAGCAAACGGCUCUGUUGAGAUAAUUCGGGCUUUGAUUCGUGGAGGAGCAAAUGUUAAUCCACUUGCUUAUUGGGGUUCUCCACUUAUAAAUGCAGUUAAGAAUGGGCAUUAUGAUGCUAUGGUUGUGUUAAUUGAUGCAGGUGCAGAUGUUAACGCUUGUGAUCGUAAGGGUUUCUGUCCUAUACAUGUUUCAGUGAAAGAUCGGUUUUAUUCGGCAGCUGAAUACCUUUUAAUGGCCGGUGCCGAUCCCAAUAAACGCGUUCGUCUCACAACUGCUUUGCAUAUCGCCGCAGAGCUUCGUGACUUGAAAAUGGUUCGCCUUUUGUUACGUUACGGUGCUUUUCCCUCACCAGCGGACUAUAGAGGACGCAGACCAAUCGACUUCGUUGAAGAGGACUCUUCUAUCUACAAACUCCUCUCCGCUUAUACCGGUUAG